AUGAAGCUGCUUGUCAUUCUCGUCUGUCUGGGCACUUUCCUUUCCAGGGCCACGGCGCUUAAGCCUCGUAUACUCCUCUCUGACUCCAUUCGCCUCACUCAAGAGGACGUCGGCGAUUUCGCAGCCAUCGACUUUGGCGAUGAGACGGCAGUAUCGCUGGAAAACGGCAACGUCUCCAAUUGUAAGGUCUUCCCGGGCGAUAAAGCCUGGCCCUCCACAGAAGAAUGGGCCCGGUUGAAUAGGACUCUUGGGGGCGCUCUCCUCAAGCCCAAACCCGCGGCCGCUGCUUGCUACCAAGGACCGGAUUUUGAUCAAGCAGAGUGCACGUUCUUACUUACCAACGCUUCAUCUUCUCACUACUGGCUUGACGACCCGCUCGUCGCGUUAACGCAAUGGUCUCAAGGCAGCACUUGUCCACUCGUUUCGGAUCCUCAGGGAAAUUGUACAAGAGGAGGAUUCCCGGAAUAUGUUGUGAAUGCCACCAAUGUGAAGCAUAUUCAAGCAGCGGUUAACUUCGCUAGGAACAAGCAAAUUCGCCUGAUCGUUAAGAAUACUGGCCAUGAUUUUGGCGGAAGAUCGAUAGGGGCGGGAUCCCUCAGCGUCUGGACGCACCAUCUAAAGGAGAUGGAAUUUAUCCCUUCGUACAGUAUCGGGCCGUAUAGGGGAAUGGCUGCCCAUCUCGGAUCCGGUGUCGAAUCAUGGGAAGAGCACAAUUUCAUGAACGACCACAAUAUAAGUAUAGUCUCGCCUGGAUGUAGCACGGUAGGUGGAGUAGGCGGUUGGAUGAGCGCAGGAGGCCACACUACCAUUACCUCCACGUACGGACUUGGAGCCGAUCAAGUCCUUUCUCUCGGCGUGGUGACAGCUUCGGGAAGAUUCGUAACCGCGGACCCAUUUACUAACACAGAUCUUUUUUACGCGAUUCGCGGUGGAGGCGGAGCAACAUACGGCAUAGUAACCUCCGCCAUAUACAAGGCAUACCCACCAAUCACAAUAACCUCAUCCGGGCUCUCACUCUCGCUCUCACAACCCUCAAACACGAGCACCCCAGGUCCCGGCGUAGUCACCGACGCCGACACGUUCUGGCAAGGGGUAGGCGCGUACUACCGCUUCGCGGCCAAGAUCCUCGACGCCGGCGGCUACGGCUUCAGCUACAUCUACCCGGGCGCGAACCAAACCUUCCGCUUCACAACGAGCUCGUCAUUCCUGGGCUACACGCCCGACGCCGCCUUCGCCUUCAUGCAGCCGCUCUACGACACCCUCGCGCAACUCAACAUCAACAUAACCAACCCGACCAUCCGCCCCUCCAGUCUGUACGGCUCGCGCGGUAUCGGCAUCGGUCCCGCACCAGGCAACACGCGGUACCGAUCGCGCCUCCUGCCGCGCGCGAACUGGGAAGACGACGCGCUCUGGAACCGCACCAUGCGCGCGAUCCGGACCGCGGCCGAAGCCGGGUUCGACAACGACUUCUACUUCCACGGCACCCUAACCUCGCCGACGGCGGCCGUGGCGGGGUGGCCCGGCAACGCGAGCGCGGUGAACCCGGCGUGGCGCGAGAACCGCAUGCACGCGAUGCUCAUGGACGCGGCGCCCGCGCAGUCGGCGGCGCGCGACGCCGUGUUCCGCAAAUACAUGGGUUUGCUGCGCGCCGCGUCGCCGGGCGCCGGCGCGUAUAUGAAUGAGGGGGAUCCCGGCGAGCCUGAUUGGCAGCAGGCGUUCUACGGGACGAAUUACGCGAGUCUGUUGGAGGUGAAGCGGCGCCGCGAUCCGUGGGGCGUGUUCUGGGCGCCGACGACGGUCGGUAGCGAGGGAUGGGAGGUCAGGAGCGUGGAUGGGUAUGCUGGGUCGCAGAACGGGCGGUUGUGUCGGGUUUGGUAG